AUGGAGGGUAAAAGUUCAGGACCUUCGUGCUCAGGCCUCAAUCUGGUUGCACAUCCACGAGCAAAGAGCAAAGUGUGGAAAUACUUUGGCUUUGACACAGAUGCAGAUGGCUGCAUUUUGCACUGGAAGCGGAUUUACUGUCGAGUUUGCAUGAGUCAGAUAGCUUACUCUGGAAACACUUCCAAUCUGUCUUACCACCUUGAGAAGAACCACCCUAUUGAGUUCAGUGAGUUUGUGAAGAGCAACACUGAUCAGAUGCGUGAGGCAUUUGCCACAGCAUUCUCCAGGAUUAAGACUGAGCCUUCAGGGUUACAUGUUCAACAACAACCCCAGGAUACAAGUUUAAGGCAAAGCCUCAGCUACGAAAACAGACGUUACAAUGAUCUGACUGCUGCUGUGGUCAACUUCGUCUGUGAGGGCUUGUACCCAGUAUCUGUAAUCGAGGAGCGUACCUUCAAGAACUUAAUGAGUAUUGUAGAUCCUGGGUACUCUCUUCCCAGUAAAACUGACCUAGCAGUUAAAAUGCUUCCUCAAAUGUAUCAUCGUACGCGGGACUUGGUCUUUAGUGAGCUUGCUGGAGUUGUGCACUGUGGUGUUACUACAGAUCUAUGGCAGAGCCGAACCCAGAAUCGAACCUACAUUUCACUUUCUAUGCACUCAGUAAACUUCAGCAGUACAGCAGGCUUCACUAUGACCAACAAGUGCCUGAAAACCUUUGAAGUGCAAGAGGACAACACUGCCGAGAACAUUACCAGAGCGAUGUAUGAGGCCUUUGUCGAGUGGGGUAUAACUCAUAAAGUUGUCGGUGCCACCACAAAUGGCUCUGUGGACAUCGUCAAAGCUUGCUCCCUCCUGGAACUAUCUGUGGAAAUGCCAUGCCUUGGUCACACCAUCAAUCAUGCAAUGGUUGAAGCCUUCCAGCUGCCCCAGAUUGACAGCUUUCUGGGUUGCUGCCGUAAACUUGUUGAUCAUUUCCAGGAACCAGCAAUGUAUCUGCUGAGGGACAAACAGAAGCAGCAUGGUCUCCCUCAGUGCCCACUCAUCACAGAUAGAGGGAGGUCUUGGUUAGCCACAUUGACAAUGCUGCAGAGGCUAAAAGAGCAACAGGUUGCUGUGACUGCUACACUCAUGGAGAGUUCCAGCAGCCACCACCCCAGCUUCAUUGGUCCUAACUGGACCUUGUUGGAUGGUUUGAUCGAGGUCCUCCAGCCUUUCAAAGUUGUGGCUGACAUGAUAACCUUGUGCAGGUACCCAACCAUCAGCAUGGUUCGCCCUGUGCUCCACAUGUUGUUAAGCACCACCCUCAAAUUGAGGGAUGGGGACCUCAAAGAGAUCAGCAUGAUUAAAGAGGUUCUCUCAAAGGUCUUAUCCAGCACAUAUUCCCAGAAUUCGCCACUGUCUCAUGAGAUUUCUAUGUUACUCAACAUUGCUACUUUCCUGGAUCCUCGUUAUAAGAAGUUGCCCUUCCUGUCAGCACAGGAACGCUCCAAAGUUGAGAAUAAUAUCAUUGAGGAAGCCAAAGCAAUCCUUGAAAAGCAGUCGGCAGAGCGACCAUGCUUGGAUGAUUUCUCCUUGUUAUCAGAAGAACCACCUUCCAAAAAGCAGACACCUCUGCGUGAAGCUCCAUCCAGCAGUGUGGCCCAGGACAACCCUUUGGCAGCCAUAUUCUGCCAGUCUGAUUCAGACCAGAGCCAAGAGGAGCUGCACGCUCAGGUGGUGGAGGAGCUGAGCAACUACAAAUCCCAAAGAGUCCUUGGCCUGAACGAAGACCCCCUAUUGUGGUGGUCCAGUCAUGCCCCCUUGUUCCCCACCCUCCCAAAGGUGCUCCAAAGGUACUGGUGUAUUCCUGCCACAAGUGUGCCCUGUCACCGGCUGUUCAGCUCCUCAGGGACAGUUCUGUGUGGAAAAAGGAACCGGUUGACUCCAGCUUUGGUGAACCAGCAGGUCUUCUUGUAUGAAAACUUGAGAAACUACUAUGAACCUGAACCCUGUGAGGACUAUUUGGACGAAGUACCCCGAGGGAACUCUUGUUUUGGUCAGCCUCUGGAAUGA